AUGGCGGGCAACCCAAACUACGACUCGACCGGCGUCGAGCACUACUCGAUCCCAGACUUCCACUUCACCAACGGCACGACUUUGCACGACGUGCGCGUGGCGUACCGGUCCUUCAACGCCUCGUCGACAAAGGGCGCGGUGCUCAUCCCCACAUGCUACUCCGGCCUAAUCAACACGACUUUGACAUUCACGUCGCCCCCCUACGCCUCGCUCGCGCCCUACCACGUCAUCGUCGUCGCGAUGCUGGGCAACAGCGAGUCCGCCAGCCCGAGCAACAAGCCGUUCUUCCCUGGGCCGGGCGAGCUGCGGUACGAGGACGUCAUCAGGGCACAGCACACUUUACUCACUUCCCACCUGGGUAUCCCCCACCUCGAGGCCGUCGUCGGCUUCAGCAUGGGCGGCCAGCAGGCGUACCAUUGGGCCGUGCUGUACCCCGACUUCGUGAAGCGGGCCGUGGCGAUCUGCUCGAGCGCGCGCACUUCUUUGCACAACUACGCGUUCCUCGAGGGUCCCAUUGCCGCGCUGACGAGCUCGAUCGACUACAUCGCGUGGAAGGCCAUGAAGGCCAAGGUCGCCAGUGGGGAGCCCGUGGGCGUGCACCUCAAGGAAGUGCUUCCCAAGACGGGGCUCAAGGCGUUCGCGCGCGCGUACGCGGCGUGGUUGACUUCGCCCGCGUGGUUCCGCGAGAGGCUGUUCACCACCAUGGAGGGCAACCCGGGCAGUGUGGAGGCGUGGAUGCGCAUGCGCGAGGAAAGCGUGCUGAUUUGGGACGCCGAGGACCUGCUCGUGCUUGCGCGCAUGUGGCAGAUGGGGGAUGUCGGGGCGGUCGCUGCCACGUCAGAGUCAGUCACCACGCAGACGCAACUCGGCGGCAGAGUCCCCGACGACGGCGCGUUCGAGGCGGCCCUUCGUGGCAUCCAGGCAAAGGUGCUGCUCAUGCCGUGUCGGACGGACCAGUAUUUCCCGCCCGAGGAUUCAGAGGUCGAGAUGAAGUUCCUGCAGCGUGGCACCCUGGCUGUCAUUGAGAGCGUGUGGGGCCACGUUGCUGGUGGGGGGUUGAAUCCUGCGGACACGGCCUUUAUGAAUGAGAGGAUUGCCGACUUCAUGCAGACGGGGUGA